AUACUGUUGACUUAAAUGAACAUAUGCCUACCCCCGAAACUACUUCCGAAGCCAUCACCCCAAUAAUUGAGGAACCAGAUCAAGCAAACUCCAUCCAUAGCCUGGAAGUGCCCCCUUCUUCAAGAGACAAUGUCUCUCAUACCCGUCAAACAUCAACAACUUCGGUUUUCUCUGCAGCAGCCACUCUUGAAAACAGCAACAUCUUCAAGCGGCCGUUCGAGUCGAUUCUUGAAAGCAAGGAAGCCAAGAAGAAUGAAGCAUUGAGACAAGCCGUGCAAAAAGGGCUUGAUUCCAUCAAUGAUUCCAACUCCAGAGACCCUCAUUUGGUAUUUGGAGCGUUAAAAACCGUGUGUGAGUCCUCCCACCCUCAUCUCAAGUCCAUCGCCAUUGAUCUUUUUGCCAAGCUCUUCGAUUAUAGUCAGUUUGAAGAUGAAGAUGACAAAAUCAAGCUCACCAAUGAUUCGGUGGAGGUGAUUGCAUCGUGCUUUGAUGGAGAAGGAACCGAUCUCGAAGUUGAGCUUCAGGUCGUGAGAGCAUUAUUGCAAAGUAUUGUGUCGAUGCCAUGCCAUGGGGCUUCUCUUUUGAAAGCUGUCAGGCAGAUAUAUAAUGUGUUCAUCUUCUCGUUGAAUCCAAGAAACCAGUCGGUGGCCCAAGGGAUUUUAACGCAGGUUAUUGGGACCGUUUUCCAGAGAGUUGUUGAUGCUGGUUUAACCAAAAAAGGAGCCAGUGAUAGUGUGUUGAACAUCAAAACACCAGCAAAUUUCAGCAAUGAAGAUGUGGGGACAGUUUCUGAAGACGCAUCUGAACAAAGAUUAACUCUUGAGAACUUGGAGAGAUUGACAAACGAAAAUAUUGACUUGGAUACGGCAACCAAUGGCCACAGCCAUGAAGAUGUGGUUGUCAAAGACGCCUUUUUGAUCUUCAGGGCUAUGUGUAGAUUGUCGGUGAAGGACGUUGAGACUGAGACAUUGGAUAUGAGAAGUCAUUCGGUGCGGUCUAAAUUGUUGUCAUUGAAUAUCAUUCACACAAUUUUGAAGCAGUACAUUGACAUAUUUUUGAGCAGAGAUGUGGUAUUACCUUCGAGUUCGACUGAAGGUCAAACUCGAUUGAUAAAUGCCGUCAGACAAUAUUUGUGCCUUUCAUUAUCCAGAAAUUCUGCCUCUCCGAUUGCUCCAGUAUUUGAGUUGUCAUUAGAAAUCUUUUGGUUGAUAAUUUCAAAUCUUAGGUCUGAAUUCAAACGUGAAAUCCCUGUUUUCUUUGACGAAAUAUACUUUCCAGUAUCAGAGAUGAAGACCUCCACACCACACCAAAAAAGGUAUUUACUUUCAAUCAUUGAACGAUUGUGUAACGAUUCAAGAUGCAUUAUAGAGUUCUACUUGAACUACGAUUGUGAUACCAACAUGCCUAACAUCUGUGAAAAGGUGAUUGACUAUUUGACCAAACUAUCGUUGGCUCGGGUUGAGGUUACGCAACAACAAAUGAUAGCUUUUAGAGAAAAUAGAGGUAAGGGUGUUUCCUUAUACGAUCCUUCCAAGAUCUCCAACUUGAUCAGCACCACUAUGCAAUCUAGACCUCCAGCUUCUGAAAUCUACACUCAUUUCCCAUUGGAGUAUGCCCUCAAAAUGACUUCUAUCAACUGUUCGGUAGCUUUCUUGAGAUCCUUGUACACCUGGGCUCAGAAAGGUUUCAAUUCAUCUACCCCAAAUGGUAAAACGUUCCGCAAUAUCUCCUUAAGUCAUCUUUCUUUGAACAGACACAGAUCGAGCACUGCUACUUCUGAAACUCCAAGUAAUGAAUCUGAUGAUCCAACUCAAUUCGAAAGUUUGAAACAGCGGAAGAAGGCAUUAUUGGAAGGUAUAAAGCAGUUCAAUCAAAAAGCCAAAAAAGGGGUGCAAUACUUCCUCGCAAAUGGAUUCAUUGAAUCCAAAGAACCCCAAGAUGUUGCCAGAUUUUUGUUGGAAACAGAUGGUCUUGAUAAAGCGGUUAUCGGAGAGUACUUAGGAGAAGGCACAGAUGACUGCAUAGCCACUAUGCAUUCGUUCGUUGAUCUUAUGGAUUUCGCCAAUAUGUCUUUUGUUGAUGCAAUGAGAACCUUUUUACAAGCAUUUAGAUUGCCCGGAGAAGCUCAAAAGAUUGAUAGAUUCAUGUUGAAGUUCGCUGAAAGAUAUGUUCUGGGUAAUUCUGGCAUUCUUGCCAAUGCCGAAUCGGCCUACGUUUUGUCUUACUCUGUUAUCUUGUUGAAUACCGACUUACAUUCGCCCCAGAUCAAAAAGAGAAUGACAUUAGAAAGUUUUAUUGCCAACAACGCUGGUAUUGAUGACGGAAAAGAUAUUCCUAAGGAUUACUUGGAAGUCAUUUACAAUGAAAUCGCCCACAACGAGAUUAAGUUACAGAGUGAACAGCAUGCUGCAUUGUUAGCUGGAGACCUUCAAUUACCUCAAACCCAAUCGGGUGGACUCUUUGGAGGCCGAGAUUUGGAUCGUGAAGCUUACUUUUAUGCGUCGAAAGAAAUGUCCACAAAGACUGAGAAGUUGGUGAGAGACUUGGGGAAAAAGACAAGAGACGACUCGCAAGGUGGUGUUUUCUAUCAGGCCACGAGUGUGUAUCACGUCAAGUCGAUCUUUGACACUCUUUGGAUGUCUAUUUUGGCUGGUUUGACACCUCCAUUCAAGGAAUAUGAUGAAGUUGAUGUCACCAAGAUUUGCUUGGAAGGUAUCAAGCUUUCUAUAAAGAUCGGGUGCAUGUUUGAUUUGGACUAUGGCAUGAAAUCUUUUAUUGGAGCUCUUGUUCAAUUUGAGAAUUUGAAUAACUACGAAGAAAUGAAACCCAAAAAUGUCGACGCCAUUCACAUCUUACUUGAAAUUGCUAUUUCUGAGGGUAACUAUUUAAAGUCAAGUUGGAUCCAAGUAUUAACAUCCAUUUCCCAAUUGGAGAGACUUCAGUUGAUUUCUAGAGGUAUUGAUCAGGAAACGAUUCCUGAUGUGUCAACUGCCAAACUCGUGAAUAGAGCGUCAUUUGAAACCAACAACCAUAGACAAUCAGGCGGAUUUUUCAGACUGUUUUCAUCGUCUUCUACCGCUUCUCAAACAGCUUCUAACAAAUAUCACAAUCAAAAACUCCACCCAGAAGUUGCUGAACUUUUGUUGAGUUCAGAAUUAAGUGCUACAACUGACAAGGUGUUUCUGAAUAGUGCUAGUUUAAAUGGUGAAAGUAUUGUUGAAUUCAUUAAGGCAUUAUCCGAAGUUGCAUUGGAGGAGAUUGAAUCAUCUGGUCAAAGUGUGAACCCAAGAAUGUUUUCAUUGCUGAAGAUGGUGGAUAUUUGUUACUACAACAUGACUCGUAUAAGAGUUGAAUGGUCUCAACUAUGGUCUGCCAUGGGUACCGUGUUCAACCAAGUUGGAUGUCACAGCAACAUUAAUGUGGCUGUAUUUGCAAUUGACUCUCUAAGACAAUUAUCUAAUCGUUUUUUUGAGCUUGAGGAGUUAUCACACUUUAAGUUCCAGAAAGAGUUUUUGAGUCCUUUUGAAUACAUUGUUCACCAUAAUGACUCUCUUGAAAUAAAGGAUAUGGUGUUGGAGUGUUUGAACAAUAUGAUUUUGACUAAGCUGGCUAACAUAAAGAGUGGCUGGAAAGCCAUUUUCACGGUUUUGACGGUCACGGCUGCUGAGAACAAGGAGCUGUUGGUAAACCGGACGUACAAGUUGGCCGAUUGGAUUUACAAGAACUACUUGAAUGAAGUCAGAAAUCAAGAUGCAUUUGGUGACUUGAUCAACUGUUUCACAGAGUUGUGCAAGAACGGUAGAUACCAGAGGGUCAACUUAUUGUCUUUGGGUGUUUUACAGAAGAUCAACAACCAGAUCGCUGUUGAAUACUUGAAUAAGCCUGUUGAACAUCGGGAUGAAAUGUUGCUCAAGUUGUGGUUCCCAGUAUUGUUUGGAUUUCACAAAGUCAUUAUGCACGGAGAGGAGCUAGAAGUAAGAUCUAGAGCCUUGACCUACUUAUUUGAUAUAUUGUUGGAAUAUGGAGAGAAUUUUGAUUCUCUGUUCUGGGACUCUGUUUGCAAGGAAUUGUUAUUCCCCAUAUUUGAGGUGUUGCACAACAGAUGGGGAUUAUCCAACUUUGAUGAUACAAAUGACAACUUCUCCGUUUGGUUAUCAACAACGUUAAUCCAGGCUUUGAGAAAUAUGAUUGGCUUAUUCACCCAUUACUUUGAAUCAUUGAGAAGCAGGACAUCUGAUUUCUUAAGUCUUUUGAUUAGUUGUGUGUGCCAGGAAAACGACACUAUUGCCAGAAUUGGUAGAUCAUGCUUACACACUCUUUUGAUUGAGAAUGCGGAGAAGUUCAAUGAUGAUGAGUGGAAGUUGAUUAUUGAUUGUUUCCGCACAUUAUUCCAAUUGACUGAGGCCAGAGAGCUUUUUGACUUGGACCCAUUGAAGACGGAAGAGGUGUCACUAGAGGUUGAAGAAGACCCCAACGUUUCUGAGGUUGUAGGAGGCGACACCAGCCAGUUUUCCAAACACCAGGAAAAGUCCUCAAUUGUGGUGAAGUGCGUCCUACAACUUCUCAUGAUUGAAAGCUUGAGUGAACUCUUUGAAAAUGACGUCUUUUACGAAGCGGUUCCAUACGAGUACUUGAAAGAUCUUGCUGACCUUUUGAACGAAAGUUUCAAGUUUUCCAAAAACUUCAACGACGACUAUGACUUGAGAGUAAGAUUGUGGAAUGCUGGAAUCAUUGAGAGAUUACCUAAUCUUUUGAAACAAGAAAGCUCUUCUUCAGCUGUGUUCAUCAACAUUAUGUUCCGAAUGUAUUGUGAUGAUGACAAGACCAAUACAGAGUCAAAAGAGUAUAUCAUCGACACAAUUGUUCCUUUGUGUACGGAUAUCAUCCAACAGUACUCGGAGUUUGACGAAACCAAUCAACAACGGAACUUGUCGACCUGGAAGCCAGUUAUCAUUGAGAUAUUCCAAGGGUUCUACGAACUUGAUGAAAGUGACUUCAGAAAACACGUUCCCGUUAUGUACGAAUCGACUUUGAAAUUAUUCUCCCGAACUUUGUCAGCCGAACUCAGAGGUUCGAUAAAAACAUUCUUUACCAGGGUCGGAGAGCUUUUCAUCAAAGAAACGUGAAAUUUCAUUAUGUAUCUUUUAAUAGUAAUAUUAUUGAAAUCAAAGUAUGGGGUAGAGGCUGAAAUAUACGCAACACCUACCGC